CGAAUUGAGUUACUUCCGGAGAGCAUGUUUACCGAAAUGCCGAACAUAUUAGCCAUUAUGCUGAAAAAUAAUCGUUUUUUAACGCUGGAAGAGAAAACGUUUUCUUUGGUUUGGGAGCAGCUGCAAAACUUUGAUGCAAGUGGAAAUUCUUUGCGGUGUGACUGUCGAAUCUCAUGGAUAGUGGGAAAGAGAUUUCCAAAGGCUACUGUUGCAUCUUGUGCUGAGCCUCCUACAUUAAAAGGAAAGAAGUUAGAAACUCUUCUCUCUAAAGAUCUUUGGUGUUUAUAAGUUCA